AAUUUUCUAAAAAAAAAAAAAAUUGUGAAUUAAUUCCAGUCAGUUUGAAGUAUAUUUCAAAAAAUUAACCUUUAAAUUAAAUUACAUCAGUACUAGGUAUUAAUAUGUUCUUGAUUUUUAUUUAAUUGUAAAGAAUAAUUUAUAUAGACAAAUUAUGCACUGUAUUUAAACUGCCACUUGUGGCAACAGUCACUAUCUUUGUAAAAAUGAUUUGUUUUUUCGCAUUGUGUAAAGUUAUAUUUAUUCUCAUAUUUUUCCCACUUAUAUUAUUGUAUUGGAGAAGAGUUUUUGCCAAGAAAAAAUCAGAGAAUACUCAUUUAGGACCAAUAAUUGGUGUAUUUCAUCCAUACUGUAAUUCCGGAGGAGGAGGUGAAAGAGUUUUAUGGGCUGCAGUAAAAAUCAUCCAGAAUAAACAUCCUAAUGCACAUGUAGCAAUUUAUACUGGAGAUUUAGAUGUAGAUCCUGAACAAAUUUUACGAAAAGCUGAAAAAUGUUUUGACAUUAAAUUAGAACCUGGAAUUGAAUUUGUCUAUUUACAUAGAAGAAAAUGGAUUGAAGCCGAAACAUAUCCUUACUUUACGCUUUUAGGACAAAGUUUAGGUUCGAUGUGGCUUGGAUGGGAAGCGUUAAAUGCUUUACAACCAGAUAUCUAUAUUGAUACGAUGGGGUAUGCAUUCACAUAUCCAAUUUUUAAGUAUGUUGGUGGUUGUAUUGUUGGUUCUUAUACUCAUUAUCCAACAAUUUCCACGGACAUGUUAAGACAUAUUUACCGAAGAACAAUUUCUCACAACAAUAGACGCGCCAUUGCAAGAAAUCCUUUUCUAUCAGCAGGAAAAAUGAUUUAUUAUAAAUUAUUUGCAUUAUUAUACGGGUUUGUUGGAAGAAAAGCCGACAGUAUAAUGGUAAAUUCUUCCUGGACUGAAGGUCAUAUUAAUUCAAUUUGGAAAUGUCCCUUAAAAACUCAUCGCGUUUAUCCACCAUGUGACGUAGAGCAUUUAACAAAAUUACCAUUGCAAAGCGACGAUCAGAAGGAUUCCAUUAGAAUAAUUUCUUUAGGUCAAUUUAGACCCGAAAAAGAUCAUCCUCUUAUGUUAAGAGCAAUGUAUGAAUUAAGGUCCAUUGUCAGUGAAGAUGUUUGGGAGAAGGUUAGUAAACAAAAUCACAUUCACUUUUCUUUUUUUUUGUAGAGAUUCUUUUAUUUUUUGAUACAGUCAGGUUCUCGGUUUCCACUACUCUAUGAACUCUUUUUCUUUUAGUAGAAAUAACAAUUUUUUUUUCUUCGAAAGACCACUUAUUUGGACGCAAAGGAAAAUAACAACAUGGUUGAUCGUAUAAACCAUUAAAAAUACAAUACGAACAACUUAAAUGAUUUAAAUUAUAACGAUGGAUAUUAAUUUUCUAAAUUAAUCGCGUCUCCAUGCUAUUCAAUACACUUUCUUACAAUUUCUACACAAAAGGGGGAACCUUUGUGAAACAUUCCGGAGCGAUGCUGACCACGUUUUCCAAAACUGAAAAUUGACAAUAAUUAUUAUACUUACUACUGAACUCGGCUUCCAAAUUGAGUGGUCAAACGCAGAGAUAAUAAUCAAUGAAAUUACGAAUACACAUAUAACUAUAAUCUUUAUUUAUUAUCAAAGUACAUACAAUAGAUUUACAUCACUUAUAUUAAUAAUUAAAUUUUAAUGCGUGAUCGCAUAAAUAUUACGUGCAGUAAUAUUUGGUACAUUUUCUUUAAGCAGUUAAAAUAUAGGUUCUAAAUGUACCCAGAUAGACCCAGCGUUGUGGCGGAGACAUUUAGAAAUGUUUCAAAAUGAAUGGCAUUCUACUUUGGAUAAUUCAUUUUUGCAAUAGAAAGCACUAGUGUGAAGAGUGCGUGUUUUUUUUAUUUUCAUUAAAUGAAAAUUACGGAUGUUAUGAAUUUUUAAAAAUUAACGUCUUCUGAAAUAUUAUACUUUUGCUACUAAAAUACAUCAAAAAUUAAAUUUAA